AUGCACCUAAAUAUUCCACCACGCAACGAAUCAGAGGCACAAGUUUGGACAAAGAACUUCAAAUGGGGGUUAGUGGGCGUCGUGGCUCCGGAGCUCGUUGUAUCUGCGACUUGGAGACAGUACAACUCAGCCAGGGCAUUUCAGGACAUCUUAGAAAAAGUCUCGACAGAUAACCAGAAAUAUGUGUCGAAGGUAAACAUUAACCGUUACUGGUAUUUCACAGCCUUGCUGAUUUCAUAUAGAACGAGGAAUUCAGAUACGAGUCCCGUGCCGAUAUCGAGCCCAGACAUCGCUGGACGAUGGUGCAUAGCUUCUACGCUGGGAUGGGAGGGUUUGUAGUGGAACCAGAUGGUCCUGCUAAUGAAGGAGGGCCUGUUCUCACGGUAUCAGCACGCGGAAUGGCCUUCCUGGCACGUUGUGGUCAUCUCCCCAACAUCAGUAAGGAUGACAUAAAAGACAAGAGCAAAGCAGACGGCCUGGCGAAAUCUUUUGUGUGUAUCCAAGCUGGAUGGAUGGUGGUGCAAGUACUGGGGCGGGUCAUCAACGACCUUCCGGUGACUUUACUUGAAGUAAACACCUUGGGCCAUGUCUUAUGUGCUUUGAUCAUAUAUUUGCUGUGGUGGUACAAACCAAGAAUGGUGCGCGAGCCAACCAAACUUGAAGGGGACUGGGUAGCGCCCUUAUGUGCGUAUAUGUAUAUGAGCAGCAAAAUCAGCGGGAAGAAAAGUCGUCACGCAGGACUACUUCGACAAACUUGGUACGAACCUGAAAUCUCGGAUCUUACUUUUUUCACACAGCCAGCUCCAAGUCCUUUACAUGAUAGUGGCAAUUUGACUCCAUCUCCAGGCCCAGAGCGGGAGGACAAAAUCGAUUUUUCAGGAGGGCACUUUGGAAUACGACCGCCGGUAGGGGAUUCGACCAAUGGCUUUGUCUACUCGGGAACUGCAGAACUAGCCCAGGUUCCAAGCGGGACUCAAGUUAAGCGAUGGAAAUUGGCUGAUAUUGCGGUGCAAGAGUACCCUACUAUCAGAGAACGCUUUGAGAGCACUCUUUGCGAACCAUCGAAACAAUUAAGGAAUGAUACUACGUGGCUAAGACCGACAACCGAAGAAUUAUUGACAGCUUCGGCAAGCAAUUGGCCAGAAGAGGAGCUUCUUCGUGGAACCGAAGGUCUCGUGAUGGGUAUGAUCUUGUGGUGUGCCAGUAUGGCCUACGGAGCCGUCCAUAUCGCCGCCUGGAACGACCAUUUUCCCACCUCCGCAAAAAAAUAUCUGUGGCAAAUCUCGGCAAUUUACAUUGCUGCUUCUGGGUUGUUGUGGCUUCUAAUAAACCUCGCUGCUCAUACCUUUAGAUAUAUCGAUGAAUACUGGGAUACCGUUUUAGCACUUCGAGCGCAUUGGACGAACUAUCUUGUGUUAGGGUUUCUCUGCUCUAUUUGUGGUAUCGCCUACGCAGUUGCUAGAAUAUUCUUGGUUGUUGAGGCUUUCAUCAGCAUUAGGAAGCUUCCCGUCGCCGCUUAUGAAACUCCGGAUUGGACGCAGAAUAUACCACAUCUUUGA